AUGUUACGCAAACACCUUUCGCCGUAUCUCGGUAACAAUGUUCAGGCAUUCCAUGGUGGCCACAGCAAAGAAGACAAGAUCCGUAUCACUCAAGAUUUUCUCAAUGGCAAUACAUCAAUUGUUGUUGCAACAAACGCGUUUGGCACUGGCGUUGAUCAUCCGUCAAUCCGUCUUGUUGUACAUGUAUCCGGAUCGGCCUCAGUCUUAGAUUAUGCCCAAGAAACAGGACGUGCCGGACGUGAUGGAAGAGUCGCUUUUUGUGUCCUGUUGGCAAGUAAGAUGUCCAAUCACAGUGACCCUAAUAACGACGACGAAAGCACUUGGGCAGGUUUCCGACGGAAGAUAAACAACAGUGUAUGUAUACGCAAGACAAUCCAAUCCGAGUUAGAUCCUUACUCGUAUACCUGCUUUGGAUAUCCAAACGCGCAGACAUGUUCGAUUUGCCAUACCCCAAAAGGUCAGUAUAUUGUAUAUCUUUUUGCUACCCCUUUCUACUUUCUCUAUUAUAAACCUAUGUCGGACACAUUUAAGCAGGGAAAAGUGAAAUGA